AGCCAUCCCAAGAAGUCCCAGACUGGAGAGGAACCUCAGAAGGAGGACGUGUGUGUAAAAGAUAAAGUCAUGGAGUACAGAAGGAACUCUGUCCAUGGAAGUGGAAUUGUCCUCCUGCUGAUCCUUAUAGGAACAGAGAUACAGUCUACUGCUGCACAGAACCGCUGUGACAAGAAAACACAAGUGAUGACAAAGUCUGAAUGCCAUUUGUGCUCCGUAAGUGAUUUAACAGACUGUCCAGCAGGAUAUAGCAAGAAGACACCAGGCAAGGGGAAACAGGACUGCAGGUAUCAAUUAAGAACCUCGUCCAUGCUUGCUCUCUCUCUCCUGGGCUGCUCACACGAAUGUUUCAGAGAGGUGGUGGAAGAACGAUGCUGUUCAGGUUACUGGGGCUACAACUGUCUCGAGUGUCCAGGUUCAGCAGCUACUCCAUGCAAUAAUAACGGGGUUUGCUCUGAUGGCAUUGGGGGCUCUGGGAAUUGCACUUGCAAAGCAGGAUUUGUGGGAACAGCAUGUGAAAAAUGUGAAGCGAACCGGUACGGACCCACGUGCAGCAACGUGUGCACCUGUAAGCAUGGACUCUGUAACAGUGGACUGAGAGGGAACGGAGAGUGCACCUGUUUCUCAGGGUACACAGGGCCAGACUGUGACCAGGAGCUCCCAGGUUGUGCUGCUCUGCGCUGUGGUUCUAACGCACGCUGUUUUGAAGACACGACUUCUGGAAAGCUGGUGUGCAAAUGCCAGCCUGGUUACCUCGGUGAUGGAGUUCAGUGUACCUCAAUUAAUCCAUGUCUGAAGCGUGUGUGUCAUGAGCAUGCGGCGUGUGCGCACACUGGACCGAACCAACACACAUGCACAUGUGCAGAAGGCUAUCAGGGAGACGGGCUGGUGUGUAUGCCCAUUGAUCCCUGCCAGACCAACUACGGUGACUGUCAAAGCAACUCCUCGCGAUGUGUGUAUGAUGGACCUGGGAAGGCUCACUGUGAAUGUCUGAAAGGGUUUGAGAAGUUGGUCAUGGGAGUCGGCUGCAGUCUGAGAGAUGUCUGUAAACCAGACUCCUGUCAUAAAAAUGCCAAUUGCAUGACAGUGGCACCAGAGACCGUGGAGUGUAAAUGUCAGGAUGGUUUCCUCGGCAAUGGUAAAGUCUGCUUUGGAAACAUAAUCCAGCGUCUGCAAGAAUUAAACACAGACCCUCAGAGCAGUUCAUACGGUCAGCUCUCUAGUGCCAUCAGCCUGUUCGAGGGCGUCAUGUCCUGGCCUCUGAAAUCACUUGGACCAUUCACUGUGUUUGUGCCAAAGAACAGGGCUUUCAAAUCCACUCAACCUGUGAAAACUCUGCUGGCAGAUCAGGCGAACGCUCGCUAUCUGGUAAAGAUGCACAUGAUCCCUGGAGAAGUGAACUCUGAUACGCUGAAGAACGGAAUACUCUAUUACACUCUGACUGGGAAAUCAGCUGAGUCAGUAACUGAGUCAGGGCAGGUGAAGGUCCGCAUUCAUGGAAGCCGUAAAAAAGCAGCGCUGUUGGAGACGGAUAUUAUUUCUUCCAAUGGAAUGAUCCACAUAACUGAUAAACUUCUGGACACAGUUCCUUCUACUGUUAUAAGUGACAGACAGGAAAACCUAAUGAAAAUUCUGUCAGACAACGGCAAGUUCUCCAUUUUAAAGUCUUUAAUCGAGAAAACCGAGAUGGUGGACGUUUUGGAUAAGGAUGGCCCCUAUACACUGUUCGCUCCCACAAAUGCAGCAUUUUCUUUAAUGAAGGAAACACAAUUAAACUACCUUAAAUCUGAGGAGGGCAAACCCAAACUACUGGAAUUUCUGAGAAAUCAUGUUGUAGCCUCAACCCAGCUGAAAGCUAGCUACAUCGUCUCCAUCUCACAAACCGUAUCCAUGGCCAAUCAAGUCCUGGCAAUUAAUGUGACUGCUGCAGGUCAAAUCCUGAUUGGUGGGGUUGCAGUGGCUGAGGCAGAUGUUGAGGCAAAGAACGGAUGUCUGUAUUCACUGGUGGAUGUUUUAAUCCCACCAUCCAUAGAGCCCAUUCUUCCACAUCGAUGUGAUUUGACAGAAAGUAAUGUUUAUGAGGGUCCAUGUGUCAGCUGUAUGUCAGUCUCCAAGGUUUCCUGUCCAACCGGUGUGUCUCUGAACAAAACUCCCACACGCUGUGUGUACAGGAAGACAUCUUUCGGCGUAGAAAUUCCUGUCCUAGGCUGCAGUCUGUCCUGUAACGAGACUCGCAUUACCCCUCAGUGCUGCAAAGGCUUCUAUGGAUCAGACUGUUCUCCUUGUCCUGGUGGAUUCAGUGCCCCGUGCUCCUCUCAUGGCAAGUGUUCAGAUGGUAUUGAUGGCAACGGUACGUGUCAGUGUGAGCCCAACUUCAAAGGGUCACGUUGCCAGUAUUGCACUGACCCCAACAAAUAUGGCCCUUUCUGCAACCAAACCUGUAGGUGUGUCCGAGGUGUUUGUGACAAUCGCCCUGAAGCAAACGGUGCGUGUAAGCCACAGUCCUGUCAGCAAGGGAUCAUGGGAGAGCUGUGUGAUAAACAUGCACUUCCCUGUGGGCCGAGCCAAAAAUGCCACAUUCACGCCAACUGCCUCCUAGACCAAGUAGGAGAGCAAAACUGUGUUUGUAAGCCUGGUUACAUAGGCGAUGGAUUCCAGUGCGCACACGAAGACCCAUGUACAUGGAGUCCAAAUGGGGGCUGCGGUGACAAUACGAGAUGUGUGCAGCUGGGAAAGGGCAGACACAAGUGUGAGUGUCUGAGUGGGUGGAAAGAGGAUGGAGAUGAGUGUCAGCCUGUUAAUAACUGUCUGGAACCGUCCAGGGGCGGGUGUCAUACUAACGCCUCCUGUGUUUAUUUGGGUCCUGGUCAGAAUGACUGUGUUUGCAAGCGAAAUUUCCGUGGCACUGGGAGAGAUUGUGAGCCUGUUAACCAGUGUGUAAACCUCAUGGGAGGAUGUCAUCUACUGGCCAGUUGUGUGAUGUUGUAUCCUGGAAAGUUUGAGUGUGUGUGUCAGCCCGGCUACCUAGGAGAUGGAACAAUUUGCUAUGGAUCUCUGGCACAGGAACUGGAAAACAAUCUUGACCUAAGUGGAUUCAAUACAUGGGUCACUAGAGCAGAUCUCAAGCAGAUGAUGUAUGAGAAGAAGAACAUUACUAUUUUCGUGCCCUCAUUAUCAGCCAUCAACAGCAUGAGCAAUGAUGAUCAGGAUUUCUGGCUGUCCAGCAGCAACGUUCAAAGUCUGGUCAUGGCUCAUGUGGUGCCUGGGCUUUAUAGAUUAUCAGACCUGCGUAACUCUCCCUCUCCACAACUGGUUUCUCUUUUAAGAGGAACACUUCCUGUUUCCUGGACCAAUGAGACAACAAUGGUUGCUGGAGCCACUGUUACAUUAGGAGACAUAGUCACCAAGAACGGACUCAUCCAUCUGAUUGAUAAAGUCAUAAUCUCCGAUCGUAAGCUGAGUACAAGUUUACUCGGGGUGCUGGACAGGACCCCAGAGUUCUCUCUCUUCAAGAAUGCUCUUAUAACAUACAACCUGAGUACGGAGAUAGAGAAGGCCUCUGGCUUUACUGUAUUUGCACCUACAGAUAGCGUCAUCAGAGAAUACCUGCAGAGUACAGGCCAGGAUUCACUGGAGGUGAAUGUUACGCAGUACCACAUUGUCCUGGAUGAGACCCUGAAGCAGGCUGACUUGCUGGACGGUCUGUAUAAAGACACUAUGCUGGGAUACUCCUAUCAGCUGGGAAUAUUCCUCAAUGACAGAAACUGGUUUGUAAACACGGCACAGAUGAAUGCUACAGGCAUUGAGACAGAUAAUGGAGUGAUCUAUGGAUUGUCUGCUGUCCUGAAGAUUCCUAAAAACCGCUGUGACACAGCUUCCAAAAGACGUUUCUGGGGAAAGUGUAUGGACUGCUUCCGUCCUUCUGAGAGUCGCUGUCCGGCUGGAACGAAACAACAGAAGUCGUCAAAGAGAUGUUUGUUCAGUGUGAAGAACUUCGGGCGGUUCUUUGGCUGUGCAGCCUUUUGUGAAAAACAGACCAUCAUAAGGAAGUGCUGUGAGGGAUUUUAUGGCACUAACUGUGAGGCUUGUCCAGGGCCUGAAGGCCAGUCAUGUUUUGGUAAUGGUGUGUGUGUGGACGGUAUCAAUGGUACUGGUGUGUGUCAGUGCAACCCUGGCUUUAACGGCACAGCCUGUGAGAGCUGCCAGUCUGGCAAAUAUGGUGUCCACUGUGACCAAGACUGUAAGUGUGUAAACGGCACCUGUAAUGAUGGUCUGGAGGGAGAUGGCACAUGUCAGUGUGAUGUGGGGUGGAGAGGAAUCUACUGCUCCAUAGCCAUUACAAAAGACAUGUGCGGAGGAAAGUGCCACACGAGUGCAAAUUGCCUAAUUAAAAUACCAGACAAUUCAUAUUACUGUAGCUGUGCAGCUGGUUAUGAGGGGAACGGUACACACUGCACAGUGGUGGACGCUUGUGCAAAGAAUAAUGGAGGCUGCUCUCCCAAUGCCGUGUGUAAGAGGACUCUGCCAGGACGCAGGCAAUGUGUGUGUAAUCCCGGCUAUACAGGGGACGGACAAGUGUGUGUGUCAAUCGAUCCAUGUCUGGAUAGCACUGCAGGCUGUGGUAAUAAUUCAAAAUGCAUACACACAGGACCCAACAAGUCAGCAUGUUUGUGCCUGCCAGGCUACUCUGGAGAUGGAAAAACAUGCUCUCCUAUCAAUUUGUGCAAAAAGAAAAACGGAGGAUGCUACCUAUUUGCCAAAUGUACCAUGACAGGCCCGGGAGAGAGGAACUGCACGUGUGCGCAAGAUCAGAUCGGAGAUGGGAUAAACUGCAAAAGCAAACUCCCUCAGGAGAUUCGAAAGAAAGGUCUGACUGAAUUCUCCUACAGUUUGUCAAAAGCUGAAAUCUUUUAUCUUCAGAGCCGAGGUCCAUUUACCGUGUUUGCUCCUAAUAAUAAUGCAUUUCACAAACUGGGGAAUCAACAGAUGGUAAACAAAGAGAAAAAUAUUGCGAUCCUGCUGUACCACAUAGUGCCAUGCCGCAGCCUGCUUCCUGAAGAACUGCAGCAGCCUCGCAAACUCACCACACUCACUGGAGAAAUCCUCACUCUUUCAUAUUCAGAGGGUACAAUACAAAUCAAUAACAAUGCCACGGUGGUGUACAGUGAUAAAGAAAGUAGCAACGGGAUUUUCCACAUAAUCGACACCGUUUUGAUUCCGCCUAGUUAUCAGCAGAUCAAAGAUUCGGGCAAAAAAGAUACUGCCCUCAAAGACAUAGCUGAUAAACAUGGCUUCAAGACUUUCUACAAGCUGCUGGAAGAUACAGAGGUACUAAAACAAAUCCAGGAUCCUCUGCACCAGCCGGUCACCCUGUUCCUGCCCACAGACUCCACCAUGGCAGCUUUACCUCAAGCACAAAAGGACUUCCUGUAUGGCCUGCAUAACCGAGCACAACUGGUGGAGUAUCUUGAGUACCAUAUCAUCCAAGACAAAAAGUUGCACACUGCAGAGGUGAUGCAUUACGAUUCCCUCAAGACUCUUCAAGGCUCUGAUAUUUCUGUGAGCUGCGUUGGAGAAGAUGAAAUAGGUGCACUGUAUGUCAACGAUAAGAACUGUCGAAUUGUGAAGAGGAAUAUGAAUUUCAACGAGGGCCUUGUUUAUGGUAUCGACUGUUUCCUAACCCCACCCAGUCUGGGAGGACGCUGCGAUAAGAAGGACAUUGUAGAUAUUACUAUGCCCUGCACAGUUUGUAGUUCUACACGGGUACAUGAUUGCCCUGAGGUAGCCAAACCAAAGGCUAGGAAGGUUUGUGACCUUCCAAGACACUUAUUGUCUGUGAAUACUGGAUGCCAGUCUGUGUGCUCUAUGGCCAUAUGGAAACCCAUGUGCUGCCCAGGCUACUAUGGCAAGGACUGUCUGGCCUGUCCUGGAGGGCCAGGAUCUCCAUGCAGUAACCAUGGGCGUUGUGAUGAGGAUCUGUUAGGAAACGGCACAUGCACAUGUGAUGCAGGGUUUCAGGGCGUGGCCUGUGAACUAUGCGCUGACGGACACUUCGGACCUGACUGCAAAGCCUGUAACUGCACAGAGCAUGGAACAUGUGAUGAGGGUCCAGAAGGAACAGGCUCCUGUUUCUGUGACGAGGGCUGGGCUGGUACACAAUGUGAACAUAAAUUAGCUGAUGGUCCUAUAUGUAUACCUGCAUGCCACAAGAACGCAGUGUGUACCGAGAACAGCACCUGUCUGUGUAAACCCUUCUACGAGGGAGAUGGAAUCACCUGUAAAGUAAUGGAUAUGUGCAAGUUCUGGAAUGGUGGCUGCUCCAAAAAUGCCAAAUGUUCCCAGAAAGGAGAGAAAGUGAACUGCACAUGUCUGAACGGCUUUUCAGGAGACGGAUAUGUCUGUUCGCCGGCAGACCCGUGUGUCGAAGGAGACAAUGGAGGCUGCAAUGAGCAUGCCCUCUGCACCAUGACUGGACCCGGAAAAAGAAAGUGUGAGUGUAAAACUAACUAUGUUGGAGACGGGCUGACAUGUGAACUGAAGGUGCUUCCAGUAAACCGCUGUAUGAUGGAUAAUGGCCAGUGUCAUUUAGAUGCACAGUGCACUGACCUGCAUUACGAAGAUAAAACUGUCGGUGUCUUCCAUUACCGUUCUCCCCUGGGGCCGUACAAGCUGAACUACACAGAGGCUCAAGAGGCGUGUAAGCAGGCAGGAGGCACCAUUGCUACUUAUACACAGCUUGCAUAUGCACAGCAGGCUGGAUAUACCAUGUGUUCAGCUGGGUGGCUUGCACAGAACCGGGUAGCUUAUCCCAUGAGCUACUCCAACCCUAACUGUGGAUUUGGUCAUGUGGGUAUAGUGGACUAUGGCACUCGGACGGAUCUAAGUAAGACCUGGGACACAUUCUGUUACCGGAUAAAAGAUGUAAAGUGUGAGUGUAAGAUUGGCUACAUUGGUGAUGGUUACUCUUGCACUGGCAACAUCCUGCAGGUUCUCACCACCAAGCCCAACUUUUCCAACUUUCUUUCACAAAUCAUGAAUUAUUCUAGAGCUGCAUCAAAAGGGCAAGAGUUUAUGAAUCGCCUCAGCAAUAUAACUAUACAGUCUACUCUAUUUGUGCCUGAUAACAACGGCCUCUACAAGAACCAGACUCUAUCCUACAGAGAUUUGGAGCACCACCUGCUGGAUGGGAGAGCUCUAGUGCUGCGGGACCUCCUCAAUGUCAGUCAUGUAAAAUCACAUCUGGGGCACAACCUGAAUGUGAAACGGGUUCCUAGUCUCCAAAACCCUCAAACAGAGGCUUCUUCAGGAUAUGUCAAUGACCGUUACAUCAUUGACUCUGACAUUCUUGCAUCCAAUGGGAUCAUCCAUGUGCUGCAGGGACCACUGAAAGCUCCACCACCUCCUCCCUCAUCCCUUCCUCAGGCACAUACCGCAGGAAUGGGGAUCGGUGUCAUACUGCUAAUAAUUCUUAUUGUCGCUGCAGGAUUCGUGGCUUAUCACUUCUACAACCGGCAAACCAAACCAUUCCAGUUCCACUACUUUAGGGAAGAUGAGAAGGAAGAAAACAGCUCACCUGAAAUGACACCAUAUAUCAGUAAUCCCAUGUAUGAGACUACAGCUGCCCCUAGUGCCCCAGACCUCCCUGUAGAAAAUAAGGAUGACAAGCACCAGGUUAUUGAUGGAGGUUCAUAUGACCUGCUCCAGAAUAGCUGAAAAGAUGGCAGAUGCUCUUUAAGGCUCAGGUCCUGUUCUGUCAACAAGCACUGGACAAAUCAGACAAUCAGAAUCUGCAGCACAUUUGGAGACUGCAGAAAGCAGCAAUAUAGUGGUGUGGGUUGACUGAUGAUCGUGUGUGUGUGUGUGUGUGUUGAAGUUGAGACCGUCUUUCAGUCUGUUUCUGUGUAGGAACAAAUAAACUAAUGAAAUGUGUCAGUUA